AUCUGACAGAGUGUGUUAGGACUAAAAACCGUUAGGUAGAUCCGAUGUGAAACAGGCAUUGUUGUGAAACUAGCAAGGCGGAACGCUGACCUUGUGAGAGCACAUAUUGCUAGCUCAGCAACACGGCACCAGGCCACAAGUCAUCCGGCAUGAGACAAUGCUGCCGUCCACACAGCACGCGCAGGCCGUGCAGCUGUGUGUGAUCGCAGCAGCCUAUCAACCAGCAACCCAGAGGGUUUGGGAGCAUGCAAGGGCAAAACCUAUAAACAGAGCAAGUUGCUCUGCAUCGGGGAGGCAGGAACAUCAACCGAGGUCAACGUUGCCUCUGCAGGGAUGCCCGCAAGACAUUGAUACCUACCACACUGACAGGCUGCCAGUUACAACCUGGCUAAGUAUCUACAACCUAUUGGGUCUCGAUAACAGACAUCAACGACUGGGAAAAGCAUCACACUUGUCAGUACCCUUGCCAUCACCCUGGGGUCGUUCAUUCCUCCAUCCUACUUUGGGGGUGGCAGUGGGCAAGCAGCUGCUGGGUCUUCAGCUGCUGACCGGCGUUAACCUGCCACAACCCAUGGAAUGUAGAAACGGUACAAAACCAGUAUCUCCCAUCCUCUGCAGCACCUGCCCUUGUAGAUUUUGGGUGGCCCCCAGCCCUGGUGCCCAAAGUGCUUGGUGGUGACCUAUGGGCUGGGGAGGUGGAGAUGGCUUGGCCAUGGGAAUGGAGAGCAGGAAGAAUUGCAAAACCCAGUUCCUUCCUGUCUCUAAUCUCCUUGCCUGCACUGUGCUGUGGCUUCUCCCACUAACGUUAAAGCUGCCUUGCAGCUCUCCAGAAGAGCCAUCCCUCUCUUUUCUGGGAAGCCAGAAAGAAAGGAGCCCUCCUGGACACCACUACCAACCAGCAGGCGUGAUGUGCGAAAGCUGCUCCUCUCUGGUCCACCAACCAGGCUGCAGUCCCCAGGUCAAGGGACCUUAAGCAAGAAAUUAUGUAGCCAGUCUGAUCCGCAAUUUCUUAUGGAAACGUGAUGGAGGCAUUUGCAAAGAGCCAUGGUGUGGCAGUGCAAUUAAAGCAGGGGCUAUACUGAAGGAUGGCAGAUGAGUUUGGCUUCUCCGGAAACCACAGCUCCCUUCCCAGCAGCUGGGGGUGCUGAUAGAGGGCCUGGCCAGCCCUGCUGGGAGCGCUGCUGCCAGGGCAGCUCCCAGUGCUGGGGCAGCAAGGAGGCAAAGCAGCAGGAGAGCAGACGUUGAGGAGUUCAUGGUGAGUGCCAGGGUGGCCCUCGGGGGUGCUUGGGACAGUUAUACCUGUGUAGAGGAAGCUCUUCUGGUGAUUUGUGCUUCUGCCCCAGGAGCACAAGUCUUGCAAGAGGGCUUCGCUGGGCAAGAGCCUGCUGUCCUCAGGGGAUGGUGGGGAUGGGAGGAUGGGGUGGACACUGGCCAAGGCUGCAGGACUCCUCUGUCCCCUCAGCACAAAGCCAUGAGGCCGGAGGGAGGGGGGGGGCACAUGGCUCUCUAGGGUGGCUGGAGGAGUGGGUGCUGCCGCAGCACAUGCGCAAGCUCUGCACCCUCCUUUGGGCCUGCUCCUGCUCCCCACAUGCCAGGGAGGAGCUGUGGGGCUCAGGGGGCUCCUGGGCAGGCUCAGGGGGCUUCCAGACAGCUUCAUGUGGGCUGGCAGCACUGCUGCCAAUGGUGGGGAGCAAAACUGGGGCUGUACCCAUGCGUGUCCAUGCCUUGGGGCUCUCCCCUGCAGGCCAUGAGGUUCCCUGCGCUGCUCACGUUGAUCCUCCUGGCACUGCUGCCCCUGGCCGGCACCACUGACCCGCAGCUGCCCUGCCCAUGGGAGAUGAACAAGGUGAAGGACAUCCUGGAGGUGAACUGCACAGGGCAGGCUCUCAGCACAGUGCCCUCUGGCCUGCCCAAGGACACGGGCAUCCUGCUGCUCAAUGCCAACCGCCUGACAUCUGUCUCCACUGCCGCCUUCCUGCCCCUGGCCGCACUGCAGGACCUCGACCUGUCUGAAAACGGGAUGGUGGCCCUGCACACCGAGUCCCCGCUGCCGUCCCUCAGGGAGCUGCUGCUGUCCCACAACGCGCUGGUGGCCCUGCCCAACCUGCAGGGCCUGCCCGCGCUCACCCGCCUGACCCUGGCUCACAACACCCUGCAGAAUCUGGCCCCGGAGGCUUUCCGUGCCGUGCCACUGCUGCAGGACCUGGACCUGCGAGGGAACCGACUGCAGACACUUCCCCAGGACACCUUUGCAGGUCUGCGGGCGCUCAAGGAAUUGGACCUCUCAGACAACCUUUUGGAGGAGCUCCCCAGGGAGCUGCUGCAGGACUUGGAAGCACUGGAGACCCUCUGGCUCUCAGGGAACCUCCUCCGCACCCUGCCCACCGACUUCUUCAUUGAGGGGCAUCUCUUCGCCUAUGUCUUCCUCACCGAGAAUCCCUGGCACUGUGACUGCAACCUGUUCUACCUGCGGAAGUGGAUCCUGGGCAAUGAGGGGAGUGUUUACCAGCCAGAGCGGGGCCUGGAGAAGACAAAGGUAGAGGUGGCCCCGGAGAAAGUGCUGUGCCACAGCCCCCCUGAGCAUCAGCAUCAGCCUGUCAUCCGCUUCAAGUCUGACUGCGGCAAUGCGGGGGACACAGAUGGGGAUUGGUAUGACUACGAUGAGGAAGGAACACCCCAAAAAACUACCAUGUCCUCUUCCCCCACGACACAUCCAGCUGUCCCCAAAGAGCACACUACUACCCCACGUGCUCUUACCCAGCCUCCUCUCACUACCACACGUCCUCCCACCAGCUCCCCUCCUAGCUCCAGCCUUGCCCCAAGCGCUUCCCAUGCGGUUCCUGCAAGCACCAGCACUCCCAGCACCACCGCUCCUGCACCAGUCAGUUCCAGCAUCACAUCGACUGUACAGCCCCCCAGCACUACCCCUGUUCUAACUGCUGCUCCCCCCACCACCUUCAUCUCCACCACCUCACUGACAACUGCUGUGAGCACCAGACUCCCCAGCACCAGCAACCAUCCCCAAACCAGCCUUGCCACCAGCACUGCCACCAGCACUCUCCCAAUGUCCACUGGCAUGUUUUCCACCAGCAGUCCCACAGCAUUGCCUUCUACUAACACGUCAGGGGCCUCUUCAGUCAUCAAAACUUCAUCUCCUCUGAUGUCAACCACACUGGUGGUCUCCACACUUUCUCCUCAUGCCCCAAAGUUGCUGGCUCCCUUGAACACCACACAAUUCCUCCAGCCAUCCCCUCUGCCCCCGCCUCACCCUCUCUGUCCUUGCUCCACCACAGCACAGACUGUGCCCAUGCUGCUCUUGCGGGCGGGUGGGGAGGGUCCUCAGUGGGUGCAGUGGGUGCUGAGCCACUGCUGCCUGUUGCACUGGGUGCUCUACCUGGCCUCCUUGGUUCUGCUGCUCCUCUCCAUGCUGGCUUUAGCUUGCUGGCUGCUGUGGAUGUGUCUGGUGGGUUGGCCUUCCUCCCGCAAAUCACUGCAGACCCAAGAGGUGCAGUACCCACUGCUGAGGUGGAAGGAGUCAACAGAAAGUCCAGUGAGGCAUCUCAGCAGCUUCCAAAGCCCCCUCCAACACUCCACAUUCUGUACCAUCAAGGAAAUAGACCUGUGCCCUGAAGUUGUUACAUCCCACACCUACUGCACAAUUAAAGACCUGGGAAUACAGCGCAGUCUUCCUGCAAAGUCCUCCUUCUGCACAACAAAGGAGCUGUGGGUCUGCCACCGUCCCCCAAAUGCUUCAUUCAAGUCUUUCUCCAGGAAGCUGACAGCCACAAACCUUGGCUCCCUGAGGGCCCCUUCUGCUUACAGCCUGGAUAGGGGUGUCAAGGCCAUUGGCACUGUCAGAGUGACGUAUGCUGGCAACACCUUGUAAAUACUCCUGUAUGUUCAGAGAGAGGGAUGGAGGGUCGUGGCUCUGCCUCAUAUACCCUUGUUGCAUGAGGGGAAGAUCUGCUUGCUACAGAAGGGGAAGGCAUCCCUUUCCUCCCCCUAGCACUCAUUGUGGUUGCUGGAUCUGAAAUAAUUACUUUGGUAGUUGGCAGGGGUAGAAGUCAUCCUAGAGCAGAGUUUGGGGCUGGCACUGCCUGAUUUUGGGGUGAGAAGAGCUUUUUGAGCUUUUUUUUUUUUUUUUUUUUUUUUUUUUCUUUCUUUCUUUUGAGAAGAGCUUGCUUUGUACACUGUGUCCUAAUCGCUUCUGUCUGAAUGGUGCACAUAAAGAGGUGCUAUGCUUUCAACUCAGUGUCAGGUUGCCAAUCACAGAAUAAAUAUUCUCUUUGUCUAACUUUCA